AUGACCAUCAACACUAAAUUGGAGUACUUUCUAAACCGUGUACCAGAAAGCCAGAGCAUGGCGAUAUUUAUAUACAGGGCCGUACGCAUGGUUACGGGAGACAAUCUUCAAACUGCAAAAGCAAUUGCUUUGGAGUGUGGCAUACUUGCUGAUGAUAAAGAUGCUACUGAGCUAACUUUGAUCGAGGCAAAUGUUUUUCGUGAGCUUUCUGAUAGGGAGAGAGAAGAUUAUGCUGAGAAGAUUUCGUUAGAAAGAAGGGUCAAUCUUGGAUUGCCACCUGAACAGCUUGUAGCUGAGAAACGUACACCUGCAGUGAGGAUAGAACAGAAUCCAUUUCCAGUCCGUUCUGUUGCAAAAUCAGAAUGUAUGAGAGAAUGUUUACGGUCCUUGAGGCGCAACCACAAGGAUGACGAUGCUAGAGUGCGACAAGCCUUCCAGACCUUGCUGAUAUAUGUUGGAAAUGUUGCAAGGAAUCCUAAUGAAGAAAAAUUCAGGAAGAUCAGACUCAGUAAUCCGUUAUUCUUGGAUAGAGUUGGGAGUUUGAUUGGAGGAAUUGAGUUCCUUGAGCUCUGUGGGUUUGAGACAACUGAAGGGGGAGAUUUUUUGUAUCUUCCUCACAAUAAGGUUGAUAUGGCAACAUUAAACUCAGCUGCUUCUGAGCUGAAGUCUGCAUUGACAAACCCGUUCUUUGGCCUUCUAUAG